AUGUCGAAGUCUCGGGGUUGCUUUGGUUAUCCCUUGAGCAUCUUCUUCAUCGUGGUCAAUGAGUUCUGUGAAAGAUUUUCCUACUAUGGAAUGCGAGCCCUCCUGAUUCUGUACUUCAGACGGUUCAUCGGAUGGGAUGAUAAUCUGUCCACGGCCAUCUACCACACGUUUGUGGCUCUGUGCUACCUGACGCCGAUUCUGGGCGCGUUGAUCGCUGACUCCUGGCUGGGAAAGUUCAAGACGAUUGUGUCGCUCUCCAUUGUCUACACCAUUGGACAGGUGGUCACCGCAGUGAGCUCAAUUAAUGACCUCACGGACUUCAACCACGAUGGAAUCCCCGACAACCUUUCUGUGCAUGUGGCACUGUCCAUGACUGGCCUGGCCCUGAUAGCUCUGGGAACGGGAGGAAUAAAGCCCUGUGUGUCUGCAUUUGGUGGAGAUCAGUUUGAAGAGGGCCAGGAAAAACAAAGAAACAGAUUCUUUUCCAUCUUUUAUUUGGCCAUUAAUGCUGGAAGCUUGCUUUCUACUAUCAUCACUCCCAUCCUCAGAGUUCAACAGUGUGGAAUUCACAGUAAACAAGCAUGUUACCCACUGGCCUUUGGGGUUCCUGCGGCUCUCAUGGCCGUGUCUCUGAUUGUGUUUGUCCUUGGCAGUGGAAUGUACAAGAAGUUUCAACCCCAGGGUAAUGUCAUGGCUAAGGUUGUCAAGUGCAUUGGUUUUGCCCUCAAAAAUAGGUUUAGGCACCGGAGUAAGGAGUUUCCCAAGAGGGAGCACUGGCUGGACUGGGCUCGAGAGAAAUACGAUGUGCGGCUCAUCUCUCAAAUUAAGAUGGUCACCAGGGUGAUGUUCCUGUACAUUCCACUCCCAAUGUUCUGGGCCCUGUUCGACCAGCAGGGCUCUAGAUGGACACUGCAAGCAACAGCCAUGAAUGGGAAAAUUGGAGCUAUUGAAAUUCAGCCGGAUCAGAUGCAGACCGUGAACGCCAUCUUGAUUGUCAUCAUGGUCCCCAUCAUGGAUGCCGUGGUCUAUCCUCUGAUUGCAAAAUGUGGCCUCAAUUUCACCUCCUUGAAGAAGAUGACAGUUGGAAUGUUCCUGGCUUCCAUGGCCUUUGUAGUGGCGGCAAUCGUGCAGGUGGACAUUGACAGAACUCUCCCAGUCUUCCCCAAGUCAAAUGAAGUCCAAGUUAAAGUGUUGAAUUUAGGGGACAGUAACGUGACGGCAUCUUUUCCUGGAAUGGAAGUAACACUUCCCCAGAUGAGUCAAACAAAUGAUUUCAUGACUUUUGCUGGAGACAAACUGACAAGUAUAAACAUUUCUUCUGGUUCAUCAGUCUAUGCGGUGACUUAUAACUUUGAGCAGGGCCAUCGGCACACCCUUCUAGUGUGGGCCCCCAAUAAUUCCCAAGUGGUAAAGGAUGGCCUUAACCAGAAGCCAGAAAAAGGAGAAAAUGGCAUCAGAUUUAUAAACAGUUUUGAUGAGAGCUUCAACAUCACCAUGGGCGACAAGGUUUAUGUGAAUGUCACCGGUCACAAUGCCAGCGAGUAUCAGUUUUUUCCUUCGGGCGUAAAACACUUCACAAUAAGCUCAACCCAACAGAUUCCGCAACAGUGUGAAAGAAAUUUCCAAUCAUCCAACCUUGAAUUUGGUAGUGCGUUCACCUAUGUCAUUGGAAGGACGGAUGCCGGCUGCCCUGAACUGCACAUCUUUGAAGAUAUUUCACCCAACACAGUUAACAUUGCUCUGCAGAUCCCACAGUAUUUCCUCCUCACCUGCGGCGAGGUGGUUUUCUCUGUCACGGGACUGGAGUUCUCAUAUUCCCAGGCCCCCUCCAACAUGAAGUCAGUGCUUCAAGCAGGAUGGCUGUUGACGGUGGCUGUGGGCAACAUAAUUGUGCUUAUCGUAGCGGGAGCAGGCCAGUUCAGCGAACAGUGGGCUGAGUACGUUCUAUUCGCGGCAUUGCUCCUGGUGGUCUGCGUGAUAUUUGCCGUAAUGGCCCGGUUCUAUACUUACGUCAAUCCAGCGGAGAUUGAAGCCCAGGUUGAUAAUGAGGAUGAGAAAAAGAAUGUGGAGAAGAUGAAUAUAUAUUCCACGAUACAUCCCGUCUCACAGACACAGAUGUGAAUGUCAGGAAGCAAGUGGAGGAUGGACUGGGGUCCAGAACAUGCCCUGACUUCUGUCCCCUGGUGGCAGGACACUCUGAUGGGGAAGACUUUGGAAUUGUGAACCAAGAAAGCUCUUUUCCAAGCAGCCAGCAAUGAACCUAAACCUCAGGAAGAAGUCUUUUUCUUUUAAGAAAAGUCAUAUUUAAAGCAUGUACGCACACACACACACACACAUACACACUCAUUUCUACAAUGGCGAAUCCAUACCCUGCCUUUAACUC